AUGGAUGCUGAACCGCAGCUCACCGCUGGGUCAGCAGAAACAGCAUCAGCCUGCACUGCGUGCAACUCGUAUGAAGCACAAAUAAGAGAGAAGCGGCUUCGGAAUCAGCGCCUUCUCGAGUCGCUCGGGAUCGCGCAAAGUCGCGCUGUACUCCUCGGCAAGGCUGCGGGGAAGCGCAGCGAAUCACUGACCAUUGGUGAGGACGCUGAUCGCCCACAGAAACGAGGGCGGCGCGCUCGAAGCAUCGCCGCCAACGCUGUGGCGCUACAGCUUUCCGUUCAGACGCGCAGUCUGCGCAGACGCUGCUCGCAAACGGAAACGAACGCCGCGGUGGAUCCACUCACAACAGUCUCAGUGAAUGCUUCGUCCGAGCGCGAUGCCGAUUCGAAUCUGCUUCAUGGUUUCCUCUCCAUGCGGGCAAGCGAGAAAUCGCCUCCAUCUCUAGGAAGGUAUGCAUUUUGGGAGCCAAUAUAUGACCCUAGAAAUGAUGACGCGAGCUCCAUAGCGGAAACCGAAAACCACUCCGCUGUGAAGGAUCACUCGGGUCGACUGUUCGUUUUAUCGAAGAAGCGAGUCGUCUCUGUGCGGCCCAAUGAAGCUGGCAAGACGGCGCCGAAACAGACUCCUGCCGAUCUGCGUGCUGAAAAGCGCCGCGCGUUCGAAAGUCGCUUCUGCGCGGAUCUACCCCGCGAGCCGGCACCGUACGCCCUGCGUCGACUGCUGAACCAUCAUAGCAUUGCUGCCUUCUGUUGCGGUACCGUCGCCGUGCCGUUCACACUUCGCUCCAUUGGUGUUACCGUUCGGAGCUUAGGUCAGCUCGUGAUUCGUCCGGAUGAUCCAUUGGUGGAGCGAAAGUGGUUCUCGUCGCGCCUGGCUAUGUACGCACAUCCGUUUCCAACAGGUUAUCAUGCGACGAAAACGCACUGGAACCGGCUCUGGCAUAUGCACAUCGAAUCCGACCCGAAUGGAGGCGGUCCCUUUUUCAUCGUCAAAAGUGAUGACGGUCGCGAGACCUACCGACGCCAUACGCCAUCGCAUGCCUGGAUGGACGCAUGCCUCCAUAGUCAUGCGCCUGGGACGCGAAUCAGCGGACCCUUGUUUUUCGGAUUCAGUGACCCGUGGCUGCAAACCGUAAUCCAAACUCAAUUAGUAGCUGAUGCAGAGAAAUCCGGGAUGUUUCGGGAUUCAUCGACCGCUUCUGAAUGCAUACUCGGCAUGAAACGCUGA